AUGUAUGGCGCAGGCAGUCAGCUCUUCAUUGCCGAACAUCGUGGCUGUGUGCCACCGGAUCGGCUUCAGAUGUGCCACGAGCCCGCGGCCGGUGGCAGUGACAGUGGCAGUGGUGUCAUCAAAGGGGGCUUUGGCAACCUCUAUGUUGACGGAGACGGCCGUGCCCAACAGCCCGUUGUCCAUUGCUGUAGCGACAAUUGGUGCAACAAUGGUCAUGAUAUUAAGUUCACCCGGGCGGAGUUGGAAGGGCGCCAGUUCUUUCUAAAUCCCGAGGUAUCGGACCUUGAGCCAGGAUCGGAUUUCCUUCUGUUUUCAUCUAAGUCUACAAAGGGUUCGUUUCAUCCGCAUCUCUUCAUGGACUCGCAGAAUGUCGCGAACAAGCCUCACAAGAAGCGCAAAAACACUGCUUUGACUGGGGCUGCGACAUCGGCUUUUUCGUCUGCACAGGAACAGCGAAAGCGGUCGUCCUAUGUCAACGACAGUCCAUUCAACCAUUGGCUUGACCGCUCCUCUACAUCUUCCGCAUCCUCAAAUCUCCUCCAUCCACCUCUCUCUUCCGCCUUGGAUGCAGACCUUCAUAAACCUUAUUGA